CAACACUUUUUUUCAUCUUCGAUCCUGCUGAGAAAGUGGUCUUGUCUUUUUCAUGCUUUGUUGGUGCCUCUGUUGUUUGACGUUCCGCCCAUUAUAGCCACCAUGUCUUCUGCUCAACAACGUCUCACCCAGGUCGCCUCGCAUUUCGGGUCUGGCGGCAAGAAGGGCGUCGCGGCCCUUACUGAAAAGCACCCGGAUGACAUUGUCGUCACGGGAGCUCUCCGCUCUGCCAUCACCAAGGCCGGAAAGGGUGGUUUCAAGGAUACCGCUGCCGCAGACAUUCUGGUUGGCGUCUUCAAGGGCCUCAUCCAACGUACUGGAAUCGACCCUAAGCUCGUUGAGGAUAUUGCCGUCGGCACCGUCCUGGCGCCUGGUGCCGGUGCCACCGAGUUCCGGGCUGCUGCUCUCGUUGCGGGUUUCCCGGAUACGACGGCUGUCAAGGGCUUGAACAGGCAAUGCUCCAGUGGCUUAAUGGCUAUUGCUGAUAUUGCCAAUGCUAUUAAGUCGGGUAUGAUUGAGGUCGGUAUCGGUGCUGGUGUUGAGAGUAUGACUUCUCAAUAUGGACCGAGUGCCGUGACUGAGUUCUCAGACCUUCUUGAGAAUCACACUGAAGCUGCCAACUGCAAGGUCCCCAUGGGUGUUCUGUCGGAGGAUAUGGCCAGAGACCGCAAUGUUAGCCGUGCAUCGCAAGAUGCUUUUGCGGCAUCCUCGUACCAGAAGGCCGCCAAGGCUCAGAAGGAAGGUCUCUUCGAUGAGGAGAUCCACCCUAUUGAAGUCAAGUGGACCGACCCUAAGACGAACGAGGAGAAAACAAUCACUGUCAAGGCCGAUGAUGGCAUCCGUCAGGGCAUCACUGCUGAGUCUCUCGCCAAGAUCCGCCCCGCGUUUGCGGCAAAUGGAUCCAUCCAUGCCGGUAAUGCCUCUCAGGUCUCCGAUGGUGCUGCUGCUGUCCUUCUCAUGAAGCGCUCCACUGCCGAGCGCCUUGGACAGAAGAUCCUCGGCAAGUACGUCACUGCUAGCGUAGUCGGCGUCCCUCCCCUGCUCAUGGGUAUUGGUCCCUGGAAGGCUAUCCCUGUUGCUCUGGAGAAGGCCGGAAUCACCAAGGACGAUGUUGACAUCUACGAAAUCAACGAAGCCUUCGCCUCUCAGUGCGUGUGGUGUGUCAAUGAACUCGGUCUCCCUCUAGAGAAGAUCAACCCCAAGGGCGGUGCUAUUGCCUUUGGCCAUCCUCUGGGAUGCACAGGAGCGAGACAGGUCAGCACACUUCUUACGGAGUUGAAGAGGACCAACAAGAAGAUCGGUGUAACCAGCAUGUGUAUCGGAACCGGUAUGGGUAUGGCUGCCGUGUGGGUUGCCGAGUACUAG